AGUGUGAAGAUACGCGAGCCUGGCCAAGAAUUGUUUAUUGCGGGUUCAUUUUUAUGCUUUGAUAAUAAAAGGGUACGUUCGAGGUUCAAUCAAUGAAUUUUUUUCUGUCUUGAGGUAAGCUAUGUGACUGACAAGACUUAGAUUCUAAUACAGUGUGGGAGACGUAAUUCUGACGUUACCCUGGUAAUGCUGGGUUUUUCGUUGGCAUCCAAUACCUAUGAUUUCAAACUAGUAAGUUGUUGAGCACAGUAUAUACGAUCUAAUGUAUGCUGUAAAUAUAAAAAUUAAUGAAUAAAAUUACGACAAACACAGCUCUCUAGAAUACCUUCGGACUUUACCUUACACAAGUCAAAUAUAUCUUGUGUAUAUUACCACGAAACAGAAAGACGAAAAAGAAAAAAAAACAGCAAUGCCACGUCUUUGCAUAAACAGGAUUAUGAAAGAAUUCCAAAUCGUUUCUUUGUUACAUUAUUUCUAUACUUGACAAUAUCAAUACUUUCACUUUACAUCCGUUACCAGCUAUCUAAGUUCUUUGUUUGCAAACUGGGUUAGCAAAGGGGCUUUUUUUGUUUAUUUUUUUUAGAACUUUUCUUAAGACCCCCUGUUAAGAAUAGCAUCAAUUAUUUAAAGCGAUUGAACACAAUUCAUUCCAACGCAAGAAAAACAAUCAAAAAGAUAAUUUAUGUUGCUGUAGUAAUAUUUAAAUUAUGUUUUCACCUGUUAUGUCUUUUAUUCUCGAAUAGACUUAAAUAACGCAAGCUAGUUCGUAUCAAAGUCAUUUCAGUCCUUAGUGACAUGGAAGGAAGUCAUACGAAUUACACAGAGAUGGAUACAGUAACCAGCAAAUCAGGUCGACUUCUAGAUACGCUUUGUGUAGUGUGUGGUGACAACUCGUCUGGAAAGCAUUAUGGUGUCUACGCUUGCGACGGUUGCAGUGGCUUUUUUAAAAGAAGCAUAAGAAAGAAUAAAAAAUAUACAUGCCGGCAGAAGCAACAUGGUGUUCACUUUGAUCGUAACCAUGACGACGUCAUUAAAACGUGCCCAGUUGAUAAAAUACAUCGAAACCAAUGUAGAUAUUGUCGCUUGCAAAAGUGCUUACAGGCUAACAUGAACAAAGAUGCUGUUCAGCAUGAGCGCGGACCACGCAACUCUACACUUCGUAAACAACGGGAGAGAAAGCACAUGCGAAUUGAAUCACCCUCACAAUGUCAUAUUUCAAUGGUGCACGCACAUAACCCAGUUUCCAUGUAUGCUGACAAAACGUCUUUAAACUAUCACGAAAAUAUUUUGUCAGCGAUUAUUUCUGCUGAACCUAAAGAAUUAAGAUUAGAGGACGAGUUCUACCACGACGUAAACAACAACAACAUUUCGCUAACAGAAGCUACUGCAAAACUUUUAUUUCUUGUGGUACAAUGGGCAAAGAAUCUUUCACCGUUUACUUCACUUAGCUAUGGAGAUCAGGUUACGUUGAUUGAAAAGCAAUGGUGCGAACUAUUUAUCAUAUCGGCUUGUCAUUGGAAUCUUCUGCCUUUUGAUUGGUUAAGAGAGAUAGUGCAUAAUGAAAAUCUAUUGGAUGAGAGAGAUAUAGAAAUGCUCGAAGAAAUGCAAGAGAUUAUAUAUACUUUUAAAGAACUUCGCAUCAGCACGAAAGAAUCAUGUUGCUUGAAAUUUAUCUCUCUAUUUAAUUCUUAUACCUCUGGCUUGAACAACAGCACGCCCGUCAGUGUACUGCGCGAUCGCUGUCAAAUCACUCUAUCGGAGUACACCGCAAGAAAAUGUUCAGAUCAACCAGGAAGAUUUGGACGGAUCCUGCUGACUUUAGGAAGGAUUCAGAAGAUCUCACCGAAACUUAUAGAAGCCGUUUUUUUUAAAAAGGAAAUUGGUGACAUUCCCAUGGAGACCCUUGUUAGAAAUAUGUUUCAUAGGACUUGAUGUGUUUCUUUUGUAAUAAUUUUUCUAACUUUUUAGCUUUUUUUUACUUUCUUUGAUUUGGAAAGAACUAUACAACCAUACAAUUAUUUUUCAAAGAAAAAAAACAGAACAAAGAUAAAAGGAAAAACUCGAGUGUUUCGGCUUUCUGCGAUAAUUUUUUUGCGUUUUGAGAUAUUGCAGGUUGAGAUAAAUUGUUAGGUGAAUAAGUAAUUCUAGAAAAUAUCUAAAUGUUUUAUUUUUAUAAUCAUUUAAUUUUUUUGUAUACGAAUUAAAUUAUUUCCAUAAAAAGAUAUAUUAACUAAUUAAAAACCUUCAGUUAAUAUUUUCUUUUUUUUUUUGACAGACAUCUCCCGUGCAUCUCUUUGAUUUAUCGUCUUUACUGGUACUCAACGUCAUCCCCAGGGGCGUUUGACAUUUUGACAUCGAGGCAGCUGGCUUGUUUAGCCGUCAAGUAAGCGCUAGCGGCUUUGACAUGGGCAACAACCCCUGGGGACGAGGAUGUACUGGUGCUAUAUUAAUAGGUGCUAUAUUAACUUAUGAAGAUAAUAGGGGACAUUUUCAUCACUGUGGCUAAUUGCAGAAAGCAGACCACAUUAGUGUGAAGAAGUAAUGUUGUCGAGUCUGAUGUAUAUUACGCG